GCUGGUGUCCUGUGGUGGGGCAAGCAGGAGGCUGGGGAAGCUUCGUUGGCGACUUUGACCUCUUUGUGUGACCUCAGUUUCCGUGCAAGAAUACUGGAGUAGGUUGCCAUGCCCUCCUCCAGGGAAUCUGCCCCACCCAGGAAUUGAACUUGCAUGUCUCACGUCUCCUGCAAGGGCAGAUCCUAAAUCCUGACAGAGCUUUAUGGAGCCCAAUCCUGGCAGGCUCCCAGGACUCGAAGCCACUGGACCCCACAUGGAACCAAGGGCCACAUGUUCAGCUGCUGCACCCUUGAGAAGACAGUUCCGUGUUCUCGUGGGAGUCACUGGGAGUGUUGCAGCCCUGAAGGUGCCUCUUCUGGUGUCAAAGCUUUUGGACAUUCCUGAUCUGGAAGUAGCCGUGGUCACAACUGAGAGAGCCAAACAUUUUUACAGCCCCCGGGAUGUUCCUGUCACCCUCUACAGCGACGCUGAUGAAUGGGAGAUGUGGAAGUGCCGAUCCGACCCAGUUCUCCACAUUGACCUGAGGAGGUGGGCGGAUCUCAUGCUGGUGGCGCCCCUCGAUGCCAACACUUUGGGGAAGGUGGCCAGUGGCAUCUGUGACAACUUGCUUACCUGUGUCAUCCGGGCCUGGGACCGCAGCAAACCCCUGCUCUUCUGCCCGGCAAUGAACACCGCCAUGUGGGAGCACCCCAUCACCGAACAGCAGGUGGGCCAGCUCAAGGCCUUUGGCUACAUCGAGAUCCCCUGUGUGGCCAAGAAGCUGGUCUGUGGAGACCAAGGUCUGGGGGCCAUGGCUGAGGUGGGCACCAUUGUGGACAAAGUGAAAGAAGUCCUGUCCCAGCACGGCAGCUCCCAGCGGAGUUGAACCCAGGAUUUCUGUCACCCGCGUCCCUCUGAACUCAGGAGGUGUUUUCAGGCCAAGUCAGUGAAGAAAGUGGACUUUGCCAAAAUGUGGUGAGACUUCUGCUUCCGCCGAGUAGUGGUCUGGCCUGGGCCUGCUGUGGAGCCUCCCGAGGGCCAUGACCUGCCCCAGGUCAAAGUAGGCCAAAGGCCCAGGUCCCAGCUUCUUCCAACCAGGAGACACCCGCUUUCCCGAGCUCCUCCCCGCCUUUUCCUAGGAUGGGCGCAGCAAGCCAGAGGACAAGCUGCGGAAAGUGCCUGUGCCCUGGGAAGGGGACCCAGGAGUGACCGAGAAACCUUGAUCCAGGGGACCUGCUUUUAGACGGAGCAACUUAACGACACCACAGUGUCAACUGGAGACCCCGGGCCUAUGGAGCUUCAGCUCCUCAGUGGGCACAGGGAAGCCUGUGAGUUGGCCAGACCUUGAGAUUUCCCGCAGACCAUGCUGUGAGAUUGGGGUGACAGAGAAUAAAGAAAAGUGACCUUCUGAGAGACUGUCCUUCCUUUGUAGCCUGUCUGUGGUUUUAGAGGUCAGAGGCUAGGAAAGGGUCUAGGCUGGCAACUGACCAGCACUGCUUAGUCCUUGCAUCAUAUGGUGGUUUGGGGCAAAGGACUCUGAAGCCAGAGAGCCUCUCGUUCCAAUCCCAGCUCUGCUGCGUGCUAGCAGUGGGACCUUGGCUUGGGGCUCAACCUUUCUGACCCUCACUUUCCUCAUCUGUAUUAUCCUAGCCUCAUGGAAUUGUUGAGAGGACUUAAUAAGAUAUUGUGUAUAAAAUGCCCACCCUACUGUCUCUCCCCCUGGAGGAGGGCAUGGCAACCCACUCUAGUAUUCUUGCCUGGAGAGUCCUCUGGACAGAGGAGCCUAGCGGGCUAUAGUCCAUGGAGCUGCAAAGAGUUGGACCUGACUAAAGCGACUAAUACUUUCACUGCCUCUCACA